GACAAGUGGAUCCAAGAUGGCGUAGAAAGUAAUGACAGGGAGGCUUUUGUGAGGGCGCUGAGCCGGGAGGGCCGCGGAGAUCCCGAGAUCGCCUUCUGUACAAUGCCACUGUUGUGAAACUGCGGACGGGAAAGUUUGUACCGCAGGUUGCCGUCCGGCCCCCUUUUGUUUUUGUGUUUUUUCUUUUUUUCCCCUAUUUUUGAAGCAGAUUCCCGAGUAGAGCUGCUCACAGCCUUUACCCGUCUUGAGGAAUUUAAUGGGUCGUGUCCUAUUAUUAGUAUCCAAAUGAUUGGAUUUGUUUGGGUUCGGUGCACUGUUGGUGGAGCUGUUGUUUGAUUGCAGUAAUGUGAUUAAAUGUAUCAUCGAUGGAGAUUAAGAAAUGCAGGGUUGUUUUUCACUUACUGACCGAAUGAGUGUGAGUUCACAAGGUAAUGGGGCUUUUGUGUUUAUCCAAGUUGCAGUGAGUUUCAGCUGGAGUUUUAAAAUCGCAUAUUUAAUUCUCUGUUUAAGACAUAAAAUAAAUCAGUCUCAGUACCAAUAAUGUCCUAAAAAUAUAUCCCUCUGUUGAGAGGUGGGAUAUAUCAUGGCCAGUCUUGUUGAGAUGGCUUCAAUUGGUGGGGCUUUCUGGUGUUGGUCUUCCUGUUCAAUAUUAUUAUGGAAACAAAGGAAAGGAUGAAAUAUUCCUCCUUUUAAUAUAUUACUUUUAGGAGAUACAAACUCUUUUGUAAAAUAAAAAGAUAUAACUAAAUUACAUGAGAUACUUUGCAAGUGCAUGCUUCUGUUUUGUUUUUUUCCCCAAGACAUUGGUAGAACAGAGGUUUUAAAAUGAGAUUUCUUAAGUUGUUAUUUAAAUAUUGGUAAGUCUGUGUUUUAAAUGGGAAAGCCUGUUUGCUUGGGGCAGCCUGGGGCUGCUGGGUGAGGAGCUGGCUCCGAGCUUACAGCUGGGUGAGGACAGAGAGUGGCGGUGACCACCACCAUCCUCCUCCUCCGGAUGCAGAUGGAGGGAUUUGCCCGUGGAUGAAUCAGGCCUGGGUAGGCUGAGCUUCCACUGCGGAGUAAUUGUGAGUGCUGGAAGCUGAGUUCAGCUUUCUUUGUUGAACUUUAAUUAGCAGAGCACUUCUUUAUUGGUUAUGUAGGGAUGUUUUGUGUGUUAUUACUGAUAAAAAUGAGUUAUAUUUGUAGUAUGUUGUGAAAGCACAAAUUACUUUAAAAAAAAACAACAACAAACAACAGAAACACACAGAAAUCCAAAUUCUGUUAUCACUCCUCACCUGUGUGGAUUCUGGACUUAAAAAAAAAAAAAAAAAAACAAACUUCAAACAUAGAGUGUGUAUUUCUCAUCCUUUAUUCAUAUGACUGCUGUGCCUUUUUCAUUGAGUUCAGAUAUGUUUUUCUGUGGAAGAGGGAGAUGCAUGCAAAGUGAUAGCUCUAGGACUCAAGAGAUUAUGAUAGCAAAGUGGUAUGUUCUUAUUUUUUUUAUUUUUGAGUGUUUUUGUCUCUCCCAGCUGACUGGAAAUUGAAGGGAGAUGUGGAAGCUGCAUGUUAAGCUGUAUUUUCACCAGUUCUGCUACUUGAUCCGCCAGGUUGUGGGAUCUCAUUGAUUUCAGAGAAGUUGCUCCUGGGCUUUGGGAUCUGUAUUUGUAGAUCUGGUUGUAGGAUAAGGGCUGUGGUUUGCAGAUAACAUUUCAGGUUACACUCAGAAAUUCCCAUCUCAAGGGAGAGUGAAGAGCAAAUGUUUCCAAGUGGAUUGGGUACAGGCCUGGUCCUUGAGAGGUUUGGGCUGUGUGAUGAAAAUCCCUUCACCUGUUUAUGAUUUCUUUUAAAGGAAUUUAACAUAGGAGUCACGAAUCUUGUAAAGAGUUGUAACGUCUGUAGAUGAGGGAGGCUAUAUAAAAGCUAGGCAAUAUUAUUACUAAUCUUUUCUGAUUGUUAAUUUAGUAGUCUGAUGAAAUAUUUUCUCCAGUGUAUGCAAUUACAUUUGUUACUCGAAUCCACUUGGAACUAUGGCUGGAUAUUCUUUCUGACUUUUUUUUUUUUUAACUGCUGUUUUGUAUCUCUUUGUUUGCUACUGCCCUUAAUUCUAGGUAUUCUCAUUUUAGUAAUGGCAGAAGCUGUUGCUGGAGCAAUUCAGAUGAUUAGUUGAAAGCCCUUGAAGCUUUCACCUCCCUGGUAUUCCCUCUUGAGGUCAGUGGUACCCAGAUAGGUCUGGUAGCAGGAUUGAAAUCUCAAUUAGAGAAGUGUUUUGUAAUAAUAAUAUUACUCCUGUCUCCAGUGUGCAGCCCGAAUAACUCAGGAAAGCCAUGGGAGAACAAGAAGGAAGGAUGGUGUUGUUCUAACCUAGCUGAGGGAUAGGUGGUUGGGCAGCCAGCAUUCCCUCUGUCUUUGGUGAUCAGUAGGCCAAGAAUUCUAGCAGGAAUGUGAAUCCUGGCUGUAAUGUUUUCUUAGCAUUGCAUGUGGGGGAGGAGAUUGAGGUCUUGUUCCCAGAAGCGGAUCCCCAGUGUUCCUGUGUGCCCGAGGUUGCUGAUGGCCCACAAUAGAGGGACAAAACUUGGCAUUCCCCAUCUUCCCUUCUUUCACGGUAGUCCUAAGGCAGGACCCCUUUAUCACUGCAUGGAAUAUAUGUUUUUCUCCAUUUAAGUGGUUAAGUGUAUUAUGGAUCAGAUUACCAGAGCAAACAAGGCCUUCCUUUUCUUAUUUGUCUUUCUAUUUUUUUCUAUGGCCUCUGGCAAUAGCCAGCACUUGUAUUUAUAUAUAUCAAUAACAUAUGUAAAGAUAUCAUAGUUCAUAUGCUUGUAGGCUACUGCAGUUGUCUUUUUUUUCUUCCCCAGCAAGCAAAUAAAGAGAGAGAAUAUUGAAGAAGAGACCACUUUUUCACAAGUUGGCACGCAGCAUUGAUGUGCAGUGAGGUUUUGACCAGUAUUUGGGGAUGGCAAUGGGUGACUCAACUAUCUAUAGUGAAAUUAGGAGUCUGCAAUGUUAGACUGCUGUACAGAAACAGGGCUUCUGAUGGAUUUAUUGUGGUAGUAUUGGUACGUAACUCACGUUUCAUAUUCAAAACCAGUCUUGCUUAUGGAGAUUUCAUCUCUUCACACAAAUGUUGACAGCGUGAGGUUUCAACAAGAUGCGAUCUCUCAUGUCUGAGGAAGAGAGGAAAGUGAAUGUUACUGUAGGAAAAGAAGUCCUUAGGAAUGUAAGCAGGCAGAUUCUAAUUACUCAGGCAUGCAAUUUUUAGUUGUUGUUGCAUUUCCAUUGCACCGAUGGUUAAAGGAUGCCUAAUGUGGAUAUAAUGUAAUAUGCAAUUAUUUCCCUACAAUUUAUAAGUCAACUCUUUGUCAUCGAUUUAAUAGAAAUGCACUGAUUAUUUCCCCAGUCUUUUCUCAGAAUCUUCAAAAAAUGCAGGUGAGAAGCUGUACGUUUCAGUCUUAUUCCUUUGUAAAUGAAGUUUUACUACACUGAAACAUGAGUGGUUACCAUUGCCCCAUCCUAGUUGUGAAUCAGACCCAAAUUGUCUUGAUCUGAGCUGCAAAGAUUCCUUGUCAGGUGUGCCAAGACUCUCCCUUGUACUCUACAGCAUUCCCAAGAAGCAAUAGGUAUGAAGUGCUGCAGAGUCGGUGGGAAGAGUUUCUGUAAGUUAUUUUAUGUGAGGAGAUAUUUUGGAGGUGGUGACUGUAAACUGCUGUGUGAUUUGUUUCUGUUAGUCUCAGGAAGUACCACUCGUGUGAAGAAUGGCAUUGGCUGAAGUGGAUGUUUUUCAGCCUUUGGAUAGUAUGUGCUCUGGGGAAAUAGGUUUUAUGAUCUGUUCUGUUACAGGCAGCAGGAAGACUGCGGAUCUCAGAGCAGAAACGAAAGGAAAAAAAUAGUAGAAUUAUAUCACAUGAGAAAUUUUAGAUGUUGGAGUGGCAGGAAGUGAAGGUCAGAAACGUGAGCAGCGCAUGGGGUGUUCUAAGCUGCUCCUGGGGUUGUUAGUGUUGUUUGGAAGCAGUCUUUCAGCCUGUGAAUUGCAUGUUGGUUUUUUUUUCUUCGUAAUUAUAUACUGCAAAAAUACUGUAUUCAUCAAAACACUAAAAAUUACACUGCUUAAAUAUGCUUAGAAAGAUUUUUCAGAGCCCUCCAGACCCCACAGCAAAGGGAAAUACAUAACAGUGAGAGCUGUUCUUGAGACUCUGUUGUUAGCAAAUCGGCACAAGUGUUUUAAUUUGCUGAAAAAUAUUUAGUGGUUCAGCAAACCAAGAAAGUAGCAAAUCUUUGUGGACAUAAUAAAUGGAGAGCGCUACAAAUGAAAAGCAUAGUGGUUUUGGCAGCAUAUUAAAUAGCGCUUCUUCCCUGUAAAACUUCUCUACGUUAUCUUAAGAUAACUGAUAUUUUAAAAAUGAUAAUUUCAUUUUAUUCUGGGAUAAUUCUGGGGGGAGAACGGACAGUAUGUUUGUGUUCCUGAGCAGUGAUCUUUUGCCAUCUAAAUUCCCUACAGCUGACUGGGAUUCCAGGAUCCUGCUCGCAGCUGAUCCCUGCCAUCCCAGCAGCCAGAACGUGUUGGACUCCUCUUGUCUGCACAGGGAGGUUGUUAAGGAGAAUGUUUUCAUAGCGUGCUUCUGAAUCUAUGCUAGCACAGUGCUGUAGCUGAGUGCUGCGGGUAUUCUGCUGAAAUUGUUUUGGAUUAUAGUUGUUUAGGCUAGCAGCUUUGAGGUAACUGUACUUGGGCCAUAUCUUAAGGCAGUCGCACGUUUGGAACGGUGCAGGGCAGUUGUUUUGGCAUUGGAACUGACGGAUAUUACUUGGCUGUAGCUUGGUGUGUAUUUGUUUGCCUAGGCUAGGCACCUUUUUUCUUCUCCCAAAGCUUUGUCAGAAUGAUUCUGUUAACCACAGUAGGAUCGUUACUCAUUGCUGCUGAUGUCUUUUUUUUGAGAGGGGCUUAAAAAUAGGUGACCGAAUCUCUUAUGUUCGUUUCAAAAGGGAUGAGUAGAGAGAACGCUGAUGGGUCGGGAGAAUGCUGUUGUGCAACUUGUGUUGUUUGGGAUCUGAGUUAUGGGGCUGCCCAUGGGGCUCGCUGUGUGAGGAGGAGUUUGGGAAUCCAUAUCCUGAUCUCAGGAGAGCUCUGGAAAUUGAACUUGUUUGUGGUAUUGUGUUCCUGCAUUUUAGGAGAGCAAAUAAGGAAGUUGUAAAAGCAUUAUCUGGAUGCAGAAGGGUAAUAUCAUUAAAAUAUGGAGUUAGAAGAAUAUUCCUCAAACCAAGGUUAGCUAUAUUAUGCCUUAUUAUUUGAAACAGAGCCACGCAGAGAUGAAUAUCAAAGAUUAUUUACAAUAAAGAUAGCGAUUUUUAAUGGUGGAGGUUUGUUGCUGCUUUGAACUUUCAAAACAGUGCACGAAAAUACCACCCGGUCGCAUAAUAGGUAUGGUUUGGGGAAAGGUGUUUGGGAUAUCUGUGGGUGGCACUGUGCUAUUGAGUCUGUUACAGUGGGACCCUUUUGUGCAAAGCGCUGUGGAUGCAUAACAAAAAAUUUGGUCGCGGUGUUAUUCACUAUGAUAAUAAAUGUAAGUUCAUUAUGAUGCUACAAUGAAGAUUUAAGUGUAUUGAAAGAAGAGUUUUCUGUUUUGUGUCACAACCUUCAGGCAAAUUUCUGCAUUUGGUUUAUGAACUGUGCACUGUUAGCUGAUAUUCAGCAUGAAGAGUUUUGCAUUCUUUUCCUUCUUGAAUGAAUUGAAAGAGUAAUUCAGAGUAGUUCACGCUUUGCUUCUCAUACAAAAUAAACGUAGGGCUUCUUCAUUCAACUCUACAGGUAUAUACUGCAGCAACUGAUGAUCUGAGCUGUGAUUUUCGGGUAGAUCUCUUACACAUAUGGUUGUGGUGCUCUGCAAUAUCAGGGCAUGUAAUGGUGGAGAAGCAUCUUGUGCGAAACUUGAAGCUUGACACUUGAGAAGAGACUCAGCAUCACGACAGUAUCAUUGUUGAGCAGACGAAGCCUGGAUCGAGCCUCUGGGCUCUGGAGCUGCUUUGCUGGUGGAGGAAAAACAGGAGAGUUUGUAUGGGGCUUUCCAAAAGGAAAGGGUUUGCUGCGGGAAAGAAUUUCCUGGUUUUAAAAAUACUUUUAAUAGUGAAAUCGGAAUAUAAGUUUGUUAGCAGAAGCUGAGAUUUGAACGCAAGGCCAAGUGAGGAGUUGCUAAAGCCUGGUUCUGUCCCUGAGCCCAAGGAAGCCGGUGAGUGUUGGCCAGUGGGCUGCAGGCAGUUGCUCUCUGCAGGCCACGAUGUGAGCAGCACUUGGGCGAGCCUGGUGGGGAGCUGCUGUGCCAUAUGUUGUUGCCUUUAGGCUUCUGCAAUACAUUCAUAAAUAUCGUUAUGUGUAUUAUAUGUGGAAAUGGUGCUUGGGAACCUUCUCUGACAUCCCUCUGCAUUCAUUGGUCACGUCGUUCUGUAAACGCUUGGCAUUUUGGAAAUGAAGUGACGUGUUUAGUCAUACAUACGCAGAUGUACCUACAUGUCAUAGCACAGGCGUAGCUCAGGAAGGGCUUUUGGCAGUCGUAUGACUCAGUGGAGAAGAAUAUUGGUAACUGCGUGACUGAUAAGUCCUUAAGAUUAAUGAUAUUCACUUUUUUUUUGGUCAAAAUCAUUACUAAACAUUAUAUUGUGAAAUGUGUAGAGACUUGGGAAUGAGGCCUGGUCGUGUUACUCAACUCUUUGAGAAGAGAGGCUCUGCAAUGGGCAGGCAGCUGUAACCGCUGCGGAUUGGGAUGUUUUAAACAGGUGUAGAAUAUGGGUACCAUCUUCUCCUGCACUGCUGUAAGAGUUGGAGACCUGUAGGCUGGUCCUGCACCGUGCUUGUGCUGUAGUGAUUUUAGCCUUUGUUUUCCUUGGGUAAAUGUCAUUAAGAGAAGCCAAGAUUGAAUUACCUUUGUAAUGCAUUUUUUUACAGUAAGUAAUUGGUGAUGUUGUUAUGGGGAUAAAAUGGUAACCAUGAGACAAUAUUUCAAUUAAAAUGCCCUCAUCUUGGAUAAGUGUGAGAAACUCUGCUCUGAAAAAGCAGCAAGAACAUAUAUGGGAAAAAACCGAUAUGGAAUACAGGCUGCUGCUGCUGCCCAGUUAUUAUGAAAGACUGUUUACGUGAGGAUUUUCUAAGAAGGAGCCAAAAGAACUUUAGGUGGGGCAGAAGCACCGCCUGUUAUGAUGUUACCCGAUGCUUACUAUUGCACUCUUACUUUCCAAAUUGUAAUUAUUUUGGGCUGAAAUUUCCCAUGGUAGGUGUCUAUCUCGGGCCGUCUUUUCAGGCUCUGUAGAGGGAGUGAAGGGUUCUGCUGACAUGAUCGAGCCUUUCUAAAAAAGUUGGACAAAAUAUAUUCUUCUGUUCACAAUAAAAAGAACAAUAAAAAAAGAAGGUGCUGGAGCUCAGCCUUGCAGGAAGAUGAGAAGAGGUGGCACAGUGUGACGUUCAGGCCGAGGUUAUACUUAUCAACCCUGUGAAAAUCUGCAUUGGUUAAAUAGGUUAUUAGUGCAAAUCUAAAAGAUCAUCUCCGCUGUGAGUUCAUUUCAGCCUGAGCUAAAGGGGCUUUCCAUACUAUUUGAAGGCUGGGGCUUUUUCAUUCCCCCCAAUCAUUCCCUGGGAUGAUUUUGGACAAAAAUGAGAGCGCAGAAUUCCCCGUCCGCACUCCCCAAAGUCAGUUCCUCUUUCCUCCAUGCUCUGUCUUCAUGCAGCACAGAGGAGGCAGUGAGGUGGUUUAAACAGAGUGUCCAAAGUGUAGGUUUUCACAGAAUGUGUACAAUAAAUGUGAAGAUGGGCAUGGCUGAACAGGGAGAUUGAAGUCGGAAAAUACUGGGUGUUAUAAAGAAAGAAAUGGAAGGGAGGAACUAUUUCAAGGGUACGUAUAAUUUCUCUUACAAUGCUAAUACAUUUUCAUUAGUUUCAUAAAUUGUACAAUUAUUAAUAAGUGGGGAUAGAGGGGUGGGGAAAGCAAUUCACAUUUGAGCCACAUCUUUGCUUUCCUUUGUUUUGUGUUUUUCUGAUGAAUGAUGUCAUGUUGUGAUGUAAAGAAGUGCUGAAUGCUGCAGUUACGCUGAAGUGAUUCCACAGACUCUGGGUUUUACACUGUGCUUGUAUGAAGGGCUGUAUGCAGUAUGGCAGAGCACAGGGGGGAAAGAUCACUUUCGUUUGUCUGAAGCUGAAUAUAAGAGAGUCAUAGAAACUGUGGGCAUUAAUGUUUUUGAAUGAAAAUGAGAAUGAUGUCAGGAGGGUAAAGAUAGUUUUUCUUAAUACUUGUGAAGUGCUUUGUCGAGCGUUAUCAAAAAGCUCAUGAAAACAUAGAAAUGAAGUUCUGAGACUUCAGAGGUUUGAGUUGCACUCAGUAAAUAAGGCCAUAGGUACUGUGCAGGAGAAUUGAGCUGGGUGUUGGUAAGGCAGCAGCCUCUGCUUUGCCUGGUCCUCUGGCCUGGUACUGUGGGAAAGGUAUGGUGUGACCCCUGCAGGUACAGGUGGUGGCAUCAUGCAGGUGCACAGGAGGGCCAGCAUCACCUUGUACUGGUGACUUGCUCACUGCACAGCUUCUGCGUGGUGAACUUUGUAACCCAGCACUUGUAAUGGCACUUCAGUGCAGCCCUGUCAUGUAGCUAUGUGGUGUUUUCUGGUUUUGCUGUGUGUUAAUAGGAAUCUUGUGUCUGUCAUUUCCUGCACGCAGCGAUGCAUGUGAGGUGGAUGGUGUGGGGCUGUGACUUGCCAUGUGUUUUGCAUAGUUUCAGCAACAUAGGUAAUGCUUGUGGACAGCUGUGUAAAAACAAACAAACCUCAGCCCCCCCCCCCCCCCCCCCCACACACACACACACAAAUAAAAAUGAAAAUAUUGAAAGGCUGGAGAUGAAGAUAUUCAGGAUAUUCAUAUGGUAGAUGGGGUGAUUACAAGUGCCAAGAGCAGGAGUUAAUUUCGGAUGUUAGGCCAAAGAUGGCCAGUUUGUCCAUGUGUGAAUAUAGCUGUGAUUUGUGACAUAGAUUGUGCUUUCCACUACUGCUUCCAAAGUAAAAACAGAAGAGAUUAGUGGAGAUAAUAAGCUGUUAAUGAUCACUUAAUAAAGGGUCUGUACUGAAAUCCUAGCUGUCAUGUGAUAAAAUCUAACUUGUUCCCAUCUGUGAUGUAUGUAAAGUGAUUUAAAGAGCAGAGGAUUCAGAUGCAGAAAUCAUUUAAUCUGAGUUGCUGCUGUAUUUCUGUACUGCUGGUAAGUGAAUGGUAAACCACCCACAGACACUUGUUCCUCGUACAGUGGCUGGGGAUGUGUUUAUUCCCUGUGUUAGGUUUAUAGGAUCAGACUGAAGGCUGCAAUUGUGUGGCCAGAGAUCCCCUGUCCUCCGAGUUUACAGUCCUGUUUUUUUUUUUUUCUUGUAUUUCUUGAAGUGGAAGGACAAUCUGUGUACUUAACAGGUUCAUGAUGUUCUCUGCUAUUCAUUUUUUUUCCCCCUGGAAUCAAGCAUAUCGUGUUCUCUAGAGGCGAGCAGCACAAGUUCUUGCUGCUGUUAUGCUAUAUAAUAAAACCUUGAAAUAAGCCUUCCUCCUUCUGUAUGCUCCAUUUCAGAUUUCACGUUCGCUUUACAGAAUGUAAAGCAGGGUGGUUUUGUCUGGAGUUGUACGGCAUUAACCAGAGUAAUUUGGUUAUUUUAGAAAACAGAUUAGAUUGUCCUCUCUCAAGGGUGGAGACUUUGUGUUUGUUCUGUUGGGUGCGCAGUGCAUUUCUGAGCACUGUGUGUGUGUUACUGACUUCAGCCAUAACUGCAGUAGAUGAGUGCAUAAGAAUUCAGCUGUUGUGUUCUUGCUUUAAAAACCAUAAAACAAAAAAGCCCAGAAGUAACCUUUCCUGUUAUUCUUUUCUGCAUGAGGGAGUCACUGUCGUUUUCCUCUGCGUUCUGUUACACCUUUCACAUGGGUGUAGUGCACAAUCAUUAUCUGCUCUCACUUAAAUGAUUAAAUGAUUUCUGAGGAUGGGAUUAUUUAAGAUGUAUAUGUAGUACAAAAGUACUUUUUUUGGUGUAUGUAUGUCUGUAAGUGGCAUCUGUACUAUAUUCCUUUUUGUAACCUUGCCUAAAAUGCCUUUUUGUCUUAAAGCAAAGUAAAUUCAUUUUACAAUUAUAGGUAAGGAAAGUAAAUACUUUUAUUUUACUUAUCUAAAGAUACUUGGGUAGUAUUUCAGUAUACUACAAAAACAAUUACAUGAUGUUAUGUAGAGGUACCUUAAGUUGGGAUCACUAGAGAUGCUGGAACUACGAUUUAAUGUGGUUUAGGAGUAAACGGAUUUAUUCUGUAUGUGGACAGACAAGUGGAGUAUGUGUGCUGUGCCUCUAUAGGUGAGCUUUAGUGAUCUGUUCCUUUUUUUUUUAAGUAUGAUGUUGCAGUCACAGGUAUGAUAGCUCACAUUUGUGUUGUGUAGCACUACCCCAUGUGUUUUACUUACUCCAGAUUAUAAAAUGAACCCAGACUUUUCCUUGCCUGUACGAAUUAAAGUUUGUCAUGUGUCUUUUCCUGAUAAUUUUGAGGGAGACAGAAGUAAGGGCUGUUGAGUCACAACACUGCAUCCGUCCCAGCUAUCUGACUUCCCAAAUAUUACUUCUUUGUAUUAUGGAAACAAUUCUCACAGUUCUGAGACCUUCGUAUGUGAAUUGCUUACAUCUCAAUUUUACCAGAAUAUAACUUCAGAAAGUUCGGCCAAGUGUACUGCUUUCCUAAAAGGUUUGGAGACUGCUUUAGUGAAGCAUGGAAACUGAUGGAUGGAUUCUUGAGCAGCUAAGCUAAUGAAUGCAAUUUUUGGCCUUUAUUAUUAUGGGCAAGAAAAUAAAAUUUCUCUUUUACUAAAAAAUGAUCUAUAGGAACAGCAUCUUCUGUCUGGGUAGAUGGCAGCACGUGGCAAGAAUCGGUGGAGCAGCUGACCUCUGGGUAUCAAUAAGAAGCAGAAUUGUGGUUUUUCCUUAUUGUCCUGCUCUGUAGCAGUCUUUUCAGUCAUCUGCGAGUCCUUGGAAGCAGCACGGUGACCAUAUACCUUUCCCAACCUGAUAUACUGCUGUUCUUUCUCAGAGCCUGCAGCACGGUGCUGGCAGGAGGCACAGCUGAUGGCUCUGGCAGGGAGCAGGUGGGUGCUGAUUGCUGCCAGCAGAGCUGUGCGUUGUAAUGGGAGGCAGCUGGAGAGGCUCUUCCCCUCUGUGUGCCCAUGGCCCUGGGUCUGACAUGUGCUACCAUCCCACUUUGUAGCUCUUGGAGCAUCAUUCAGUUCAUGGCAAAUUCCUCUGGUCUUGCUAUGGGACUGCAAGUUGAACAUCAUUGCUUUAGCAUAAAUCUUCGCAAGAGAUGUUAAUGUCUGGUUAAAAUAUGCAAAUAUUUACUGACUUGUCUGCUGUUUGUCAGCUUGGCAUGCGAGACCUUGGAUCUGAUCCUUCUGUCUUGGCAGACAUUGGGAAUUUUGCCAAUAGCAUUAAUAGGAAUAGAAUUGUGCCCUAUAAUCUGUUUGUUUAUGAAGUACAGCGGGAGUUAUCUGGCUCGAUGCUUUACAGUGAACUAAAAAUCAUCUGUUUGAAUUUUUUUGGAACUGUUGUUUACUUUAUCUUACCAUUAUCUUAGCAUGGGGACCCUUUGGUUGCAUAAAAUACAUCAGUAAACUCUGUAGCGUAGAAAUGCGGAGUCAGGAGUUAAACUGUUCUGAAAUACUGAAAUUCAAGAUCACGAUGUUCUCUCCUACACUGAUUUUUGGUUUGCACUUGGGCCAAUCAGGCUGUGGAGUAAUUCUCCAAAAGCCUCCUGUGUACCAAGCAGGGCGGUGCUCACUGGGAAGUAAAUGGCAGUGUAGGUGGUCUUGUUUGGAGCUCUUCCUUCUGAAGCUGUCCCUUCUGCCUUUCCUGGCCCGCUCUGCAGUUCGGCAUGGAAAUGGGCAGUUUUAUUUGGGGAUUAGCUUUUAAUUACUCUGUUUGUUUGUUUAUAGAAUCUCAUUGGCAAGAAGGAGAAAUGCACUUUAUGAAAAUUGACCCCAAAAAUCAUUAGCAGGGAGAAAGUCUCUCACAAAUCCCUGGUAAAACAAAACCAGGCACCAGGAUUUGAGUUACACCAGUUUGGAAUUGGCCAGAUCUUCUAAAUGAUAGAGACAGCAGAUGUUUUGUGGAGGUUGAGCUGGACCUGACUUGAAAUAAGUGUAGGUUAGGAAGUUUUCUUCUACUACUGGGGGAAGGUUUUUGGAGGUAGGAAUUACAAAGCAGGGGUUAGAUCUCUGCAGUAGCUUACGGGGAAGAGCUGCCAGCUCGUAUAUGUGCUCAGGUCAACGUGAUGCUUACUGUUCUAUCUGGCAGCAUUUGCAGGUGCUGUGCGUAAAUGAUUUACUUAAUUGCGUAAAUCAGAAGCCUUCCUGUAGGGCAGUGGCACUGCUGCGAGGUGGUUCGAAGCUGUGGAAUGCUUUGAAUUGGCUGCUGAUAAUAAAGGUGUUGGUGAUAAUACGUUGUGGCUGUAUUUCUAAGGUCCGCUUGUUUCAGAUCUAGAACUUCAGAUAGUGGGGAUGUGCCUGUAAACUGGUUUUGCAAAAUUCUGAAGAUGUCUUCAAGUUUGCUACUAGAAUAAAUAAUUAUUCAGAUGUGAAUGCAGCUCUUUUGGUAUGCAGUCCUCCAAGCCAUUUUGAGAAAAUGAAUAAUCCUGACAUUUAUUCUGCUGCAUGCUUCGUAUUUUAAUCUCGGUUUAGCAGGCAGAAAGACUGAAGUGCAUGAGUCAUUUGCUCAGUUUCUCAAAGAGAAUACAACGUCCUCUGCAGCGCCCUCCAAAUCCACAACUGACCAGAGAAAUUUGUGGCUGCUGUUGGGGGUGUCAGACCUCUCCACAAACCAGUUCAGUGUUUGUUGAAACAGCCAGCGUAAGGCAACUGGUAAAUAACGUUUUGCUUUUUGUAGUGCCGUGGUGGGGAAGAAGGGCUGGGUAAAGGAGCCUCCCUCUGCCUGCUGGUUGUGCUGGCCAGCGUGGGAUCUGUGUAUAAACUGUUCUUCUGCAGUAAACACACAGAAGCUCUGCUGAGACUUCUGGUCAAAGGAAUUUUGGUUCUUCGUCAGCCAGGAAGUGAGGAAAUCAGAAGUACAGCAGAGUUCAUGAAAUGCUCUCGUUUCAGUCCCUCUGGAGGAAAACAAAGAUUUCUGUCCCUGAGUCAUGGCAGACAGAAGACCAGAGAAGUCAUGUGAACAAGCAUGUGAAUCCCUUAAGCAGCAGGAUUAUGAAGUGGCAGUGAAGCAUUGCACAGAGGCACUCCUUUCCCUCAGCCAGUACCCCCCAGCUCACCUCCCGGAGGCAUGCCAGGCAGAAAUCGACCGCAUCAAAAUCGAGACUCUGCUGUAUAGAAUUGCUUCCUUUUUACAACUUAAAAAGUAUGGGCAAGCAGAUGAAGACUGUAGGCAUGUGCUGGGAGAGGGGCUGGCCAAGGGAGAUGGAUCUUUCCGUGCAGUGCUCUGCUGCAUGCAUCUUAAAGGGAAGCUGCAAAUUGUGUCUAAUGUUCUUUCCAAAUCACUGAUGGGUGAAUCACUGAACGGGAUGGUAACUAAAGAUCUGACACGACUGAAAACACUUCUUGCUGAAACAGAGGCAGCUGAUAAAGUUCCAUCAGGAUAUCAUGUAGAAGAUUUAGAAGAAGGGUCCCGGGAUGGCUGGCAGUUCCGCCCUCCACCCAGGGGAGUCACAAGCAGUGAAGAAUAUACACUAUGUAAAAGAUUUUUAGAGCAAGGGAUCUGCAGGUACGGUGCACAGUGUACUUCAGCACAUUCCCAGGAAGAGCUAACAGAAUGGCAAAAACGAUAUGCUUCCCGCUUGAUCAGAUUAAAACAGCAGAAGGAAAACAAACAAUGUUCGGGCAGUUAUAUGGAAACCUUGAUUGAGAAAUGGAUGAAUUCGUUAUCUCCUGAGAAAGUGCUUAGUGAAAGUAUAGAAGGAGUGAGAGUAGAACAUAAUCCUGAGCUAUCAGUAACUGUCACCACCAAGAAGUCUCAUCAAACUUGGACGUUUGCUCUCACUUGUAAGCCUGCAAGAAUGCUGUAUCGAGUGGCAUUGCUUUAUGAUGCCCAUCGUCCACAUUUCAGUAUCAUUGCAAUAUCUGCUGGAGACAGCACUACCCAGGUAUCACAAGAAGUUCCAGAAAACUGUCAGGAGUGGAUAGGAGGAAAGAUGGUCCAGAAUGGAAUAGAUCACUAUAUAUACAAAGUCAGUAUAGCUUUUAACACAGAAAUCUUUGGAACUUUUCGCCAAACUGUUGUGUUUGAUUUUGGAUUGGAACCAGUCCUCAUGCAACGAGUAAUGAUUGAUGCUGCUUCAACUGAAGAUCUUGAAUACCUGAUGCAUGCACGGCAACAGCUACUAACUACAGCUAAGCGUUGGGAUUCUACUUCUAAGACUAUUGUAGAAUUUGAACCUAAUGAAACUACUGAAUUGGAGAAGAGCCUUCUUACCAGAUACCAAAUCCCUCUAUCUGCUGACCAGUUAUUUACACAAUCUGUCCUGGACAAAUCAUUGACCAAGACCAACUAUCAGUCACGGUUGCAUGACCUCCUUUAUAUUGAGGAAAUAGCACAGUAUAAAGAAGUUAGCAAGUUCAACAUAAAAGUGCAAUUGCAGAUUGUAGCAAGCUUCAUGCUCACUGGGGUUUCUGGAGGUGCAAAGUAUGCCCAAAAUGGACAACUUUUUGGACGCUUUAAGCUCACUGAAACGCUUUCAGAAGACACUUUGGCUGGACGGCUGGUGAUGACCAAAGUCAACGCUGUUUAUUUAUUGCCUCUCACUAAAGAGAAGUCAGCACAGACCCAAGGAACCAAAGAGAAGGUUUAUGAAGCAGCUAUUGAAGAGAAAACAAAGGAUUACAUCUUCUUGAGGGUAUCCAGGGAAUGCUGUGAAGAGCUUAAUCUUCGGGCAGAUUGUGAGAUGCAGGUUGAACUUCAGUUUCAGCUGAAUCGCUUACCCCUCUGUGAAAUGCAUUAUGCCUUGGACAGGAUUAAGGACAACAGUAUUUUGUUUCCAGAUGUCAGCAUGACUCCCACCAUACCCUGGAGUCCCAACAGACAAUGGGAUGAGCAGUUGGACCCUCGGCUAAAUGCUAAGCAGAAAGAGGCUGUUCUGGCUAUCACUACCCCACUUUCAAUACAACUGCCUCCUGUUCUUAUCAUCGGUCCCUAUGGGACAGGAAAAACGUUCACGCUGGCUCAGGCAGUCAAGCACAUACUGCAACAACAGGAUACUAGCAGGAUUCUCAUUUGCACCCAUUCUAAUAGUGCUGCUGAUCUCUACAUAAAGGAUUAUUUACAUCCAUAUGUAGAAGCAGGCAAUCCCCAGGCAAGACCUCUCAGGGUAUAUUUCAGAAAUCGCUGGGUAAAGACUGUCCACCCAGUUGUGCAUCAGUACUGUUUGAUUUCAAGCACACAUUCCACCUUUCAGAUGCCACAGAAAGAAGAUAUUCUUAAGCAACGAGUAGUAGUUGUUACUUUAAAUACAUCACAGUAUCUGUGUCAACUGGAUCUUGAACCAGGUUUUUUUACACACAUUCUGUUAGAUGAAGCUGCGCAGGCUAUGGAGUGUGAAACUAUUAUGCCUCUAGCAUUAGCUAAUAAAAACACGAGAAUUGUCUUGGCUGGAGACCAUAUGCAGCUCAGUCCUUUUGUCUACAGUGAAUUUGCCAGGGAAAGAAACCUUCAUGUUUCAUUGCUUGAUCGGCUCUAUGAGCACUACCCUGCAGAAUUUCCAUGCAGGAUCUUGCUGUGUGAGAACUAUCGCUCCCAUGAAGCUAUCAUCAAUUACACAUCUGAACUUUUCUAUGAAGGCAAAUUGAUGGCAAGUGGAAAGCAGCCAGCACACAAAGAUUUCUACCCUUUAACUUUCUUCACAGCACGUGGAGAAGAUGUGCAGGAAAAAAAUAGUACAGCUUUUUACAAUAAUGCAGAGGUGUUUGAAGUAGUAGAGCGUGUUGAGGAGUUAAGAAGAAAAUGGCCUGUUGCCUGGGGCAAGUUGGAUGAUGGCAGUAUAGGUGUCGUGACACCUUAUGCUGAUCAGGUGUUCAGAAUUCGGGCUGAACUUCGGAAAAAAAGACUGUCUGAUGUCAGUGUAGAGAGAGUGCUAAACGUUCAGGGAAAGCAGUUUAGAGUGUUGUUUCUCAGCACAGUACGAACACGGCAUACAUGCAAACAUAAGCAAACACCAAUUAAAAGGAAAGAGCAGUUACUCGAGGAUUCAACAGAGGACUUGGAUUAUGGUUUCCUGUCUAAUUACAAACUUCUCAAUACUGCCAUUACAAGAGCACAAUCCUUGGUAGCUGUGGUGGGAGAUCCCAUUGCUUUAUGUUCCAUUGGAAGAUGCAGGAAAUUUUGGGAAAGGUUUAUUGCCCUAUGUCAUGAGAAUGAAAGUCUCCACGGUAUCACAUUUGAACAGAUCAAAGCUCAGCUGGAAGCUUUGGAGUUAAAGAAAACUUAUGUGUUGAACCCACUGGCUCCUGAAUUUAUUCCCCGAGCUCUUCGGCAUCAGCAUUCUGCGAAUACCACCAAACAGCAGCAGUCACCUCCAAAGGGCAAGGUCCAUCAUCAUAACCAGAAUGACCAUUUCCCACCUGAUGGAAUUGUUCAGCCCAAUCCUUCUGUUCUAAUAGGAAAUCCUAUCCGAGCAUAUACUCCUCCCCCUCCUCCUCUGGGACCUCACCCCAACCUGGGGAAAUCUCCAAGUCCUGUUCAAAGGAUAGAUCCACACACUGGGACAAGUAUUCUAUACGUACCUGCUGUCUAUGGAGGAAACAUGGUCAUGUCUGUGCCUUUGCCUGUACCAUGGACGGGGUAUCAGGGUAGGUUUGCAGUUGACCCUCGAAUCAUUACUCAUCAAGCAGCUAUGGCAUAUAAUAUGAACCUGUUACAGGCACAUGGGCGUGGGUCUCCUAUACCUUUUGGCUUGGGACAUCAUUCACCAGUUAGUAUAGGACAGCAGCAACAACUUCAGCAUCCAGACAAGGAGCAACAUGAGCAAAGUCGAAAUGGUAAAAGUGAAGGCACUGCUGGACCCGAAAUCAAUAAAAUUCGGACACCUGAGAAGAAACCUGUAGAAUCUAAGCAGGUUGACUUGGAUGCAAAUUCUCAGACUAGAAGCCCGGAAUCACGUUCCAAUGGUUCUUACCCUAACGCUAAAUUUCAUCGUAAAGAUAAUCUUAACCCCAGGCAGCUGAAUCUACAUCUCACCCCACCCCACUCGCAGUACGCAGUUCCCAAUCGCCACUUCCAGCACCUGUCCCAGAUACCAAGGCAGCCAUAUCCUCUGCAACAGCAGCAAAACCUUUUAAGUCAACAACAAAAUCAUUUGCCUGAACAACAAAACCAAAUACCACCACAGCAAAGCCAGGUAGUUCAGCAGCAUAAUCAUUUGAACCAACAGCCUCCACAACCUUCGCAGCUUUCCCCUGCUUACCAGGCAGGCCCCAGCCAGUCUUUUUUUAAUAACCCAAUUCCCCACCGACCACAUUCUCCUGCUGUAGAUGCUGUGAUUUCAGAACAACACCCCCCACCUAUGUUACAAGAAGUCAGUAAUCCUUUGAGGCCCAUUGCACAGCACAACCCUGUUCUGCCAACCCAUUUGAACAACUUCAUUGAAGAGAAUCCAUCAGGAAUGCCCCUAGGGGACACUUUAGAUCGUAUGCAUGGAAAUGUAGCUUUGGAAACAAUAAGGCAGCAGCAACAAGCCAGGUUACAGCAAUGGAAUGAACAUAAUGCCUAUCUCAGUCAAGGCACAAUUCCAUAUCAACACCAUCACCAUCCUCAUCUACCACAUCUUCCUCAGCAACCAAUUGGAUUGCAUCAACAGCAGCAAGUUAGGGCAAACUGGAAACUUGCCAGUAAUACAGAAGAUGAAACAGAGGCAACAUAUUCAAGAUUCCAGGAUUUGCUCAGAGAACUGUCACACCGUGAUCAAAGUGAAAGUCGGGACUUAGCUGAAAUGCCACCCCCUCAGUCAAGACUGUUGCAAUAUAGACAAGUUCAGCCCAGAAGCCCACCAGCACUCCCUUCUCCUUCCUGCAACUCUAAUCACAGUGGUCACUUUCCUAACUUCACUGAAAACAACAGAGACAUUGAAAUCCCCAGUAACCCAGCAUUUCAGCAGCAUUUACCCCAGAUAUACAAUCCCCCUUUCUCAAUGCCAUCUGAACACAUAACCCCAUCUCCGUUGAAAUACCUGCAACCUGAUGGAUCGUGGACUUAUGCUAACCUACAGCAGAAUCACCUAAUGGGGCAGGGCUUUCAUUAUGGUAUACCUCCAUUGCCCCAUAGGUCACAACAAAACCCUUUUAUACAAAUACAGAAUCAUCAGCAUGCAGUCGGUCAGGAGCCAUUUCAUCCACUCACAUCUCGAGCAGUAUCUGCUUCUUCGCUCCACAGCUUAGAAGAGUAUGAACCAAGAGGACCAGGCAGGCCGUUGUACCAAAGAAGAAUUUCCUCUAGUUCAGUCCAGGCUUGUUCUGAAGAAUUAAGCACUCCUCAAGACAGUCUUGGUCAGUGUAAAGAGCUUCAGGACCACAGUAAUCAGUCAUCCUUCAACUAUUCAUCACCUGAGUUGUGGGUAAACUCCUCCUCAUCUGCCCCAUACCCAAACAUUCCAUGCAAUGGAGCCAACAGAGCAGUUCCACACCGGGAGUUGUUAGCUCCGCUGAAAACAGUCAAGCCCCCAGAGGAGCACCUGAAGGCUGAAAACAUACAGCUCUCCAAUUCCUUCAACUACAGUGUGCUGCAGCAUCUCGGCCAGUUCCCACCUCUCAUGCCCAACAAGCAGAUCAUGGAAUCCAACAGCACCAGCCAGCAGAACGCUGGUGGGAGCAAGCCUGUCAUGUCCUACGCAAGUGCUCUGCGGGCCCCGCCGAAGCCCAAACCUCCUCCUGAGCAGACAAAAAAGAAUAGUGACCCUUUGUCUUUGUUUCAGGAACUUAGCCUAGGUAGUUCAUCAGGUAGCAAUGGCUUUUACUCCUAUUUUAAAUAAUCAGAUUAUUUUUUUUAGAGAGAACUUAAUUUUUAUUUGUGUCAGUAGGUCUAAGAUAGUUGGGGCUUCACCUGUAGUUGCAAAUAUUCCCUUUGUUUAUAUUAGUAAAUAUAUCCUCACCUAAUUGCUUUGCUGCUAGACUUGCAACUAAUUUUUUUUAAAUUGUAUUCCAUUAUUUUGCAUUUUUUGAUGUGGGUCGUUGUUUUUUUUUUUGGAAGCUUUUCUGUAGGAAAACACACAUUAUUUUUUAAUUUGCGUACUGUUAAUGAUGUGUUUGUUGCAUUAAACUAGCAGCUGAGAGCUUACCUGUAAAACUUCAAAAGGAAAAAAAAAGAGGAAAAAAGAAAAAGAGAAAAAAAAAAGAAAAAAAAAAGAAAAAGGAAAAAAAAAAAGUUUGUCUAAAUUGUAUUUAAAAAGAUUGUAAGUAGCAUUUACAUUUAUUCAAUAACAUUAGCAUACUAUGCUGGAUUUCUGUACCAGAAAUGGCCAGUUAAUGUAAAAAUGUAUGUUAUUUCUGCUUAAAUUCAUUUAAUUUUUUUUAAUAAAGAUGCAGCAUCUUCUAAAUACUUUCAGUUUUAUCAGCUUUUUUGUGAAGGGAUGCUGCAUUCUCAGACUUUUAUAGUUUUAGAUUCUGUAUGAUGUGGUAUUGUAUUUUCCAUUCACAGUAGGGUAAAGUAAAGGCAUUCUUUGCAGACACCUAUGCCAUUGUUUGGAAACAUUCAGAUAAAAAGUAUUGGUAUACUGAAAAACAAAAAUAAAACAGCAACAACAACAAAAAAACAACAACAAAAAAAGAGAAAGAAAACCAAAAACCCAAAAAAAACGACAUUUUAUUUUUGGACAAGCUGGUAAUAUAAGCUUGUUUGACAAGUUAAUUUGAUAGGUUUUUUAAAUGAAUCAUGAAGCUGAAAAGAAAUUUUUAGGUAUGUUGGUGCUUAGUAGAUUUAAUAACUAUUUUAAAAAAACAAAUUGCGUGAAUUUAGUAAAAGAUUUCUUUUGUUUGUUUAAUUUUUUUCCAUUAUGCAUGUGUAAAUGUUUGUAAUCUGGCUUUUUCCUCCCCCUUCUCCAGUGGUAUCAAGGAUUGUGCCGCUUUCAUUUUUUUUUCCAGUAAAACUUUUGGUACAUUAUUUGAUGUUUACAUUAAAAUGUGACAUUAUACAAGGAAAUUCAGAUAUUUUGCUAACUGUUUUGUUUGAGGAACGUCAUUAAAGAAGAGAUUUAAUGUUUGUCAAAGCUGUAUCCAAAUUAAUCCAAAUCUUGUGGGGUAAGAAUGGUAUCCAGGUUGUUUAUCUGAGUCCUGCACCAACCUGGCCCUUCAGGAGUACAAACUGAAAAAAAAAAAAAAGAAACAAUUAAAAAAUAAUAAUAAUUAAAAUCGAAUAUUGAAAAAAUUAAGAAACAAGUGUGAAUGUUAACGCAGAAGAUAAUCUUUGUGGGUAAAGAUUUCUGGUCUUGCACACUGUUCAUGCUUUGGGAUGGGGUGUUUGCUUAGUUUCUGUAGUUAAGCAGUCCUCCUUUUACACUUGAAGAAAUGACUUCGAAUCUGGGAAACGCUGAAUUUUUACUGAGCUGGGUUUCCUUGCGGUGUUCCUCCGCUUCCUACACGCAGCAGUUGAACUGGUAGAGCUGUGUGGAGGUGAUGCCAGGUUUUCCAGCUGUCUGUGGGACGCCAUGCAGACCAGCAGGCUGACAUUUUUACUCUGGUCGCAAUCAUUGUUUUUGCAUUUGACUUCGCGUUUUAAAGCAAAGGUCUUCACAUGAUGGGGCUGAUUGAAACUCAGUACGCUGUGGAGGUUUGCAUAUAAGUUUUUCUUAGGAGUCUUUGCUGGUUUUUGAUUCAGAAAUUUAUCUGAAAAAGAAAAUCUUUUUUUCUUUUCUUUUUUUUUUGGCUGUAAAGAAUAGCACGCGUAACUCGUUAAUUUAUUUCCUAACGUCUAUACCAAACAAAAGAUGCUGGGGGAGGGGAAAGCCCCUGCCAAGAUGAGCUGAGCCCUUCAGCACAUGGCAUCAAAUCACGAGGACUCACAAUGAGUAGAGGCCAAAUUCUGCAGUUUGGGGUUUUGUGCCAAUCUGAAAGCUGCAGAAAUUGGUCCACGAGAAAUUGAUCCGCAAGGGCCGGGCAUGUGCUCUGUACACGAUAGCCUCAGUCGUUUGAUUUCAGUGGAGCUGUGCCGGUCCUCUGAGCCUGGCACUGCUCUGAGAAGAAAAAUCUGUGUGCCUGAAUGUUGUAGUCUGGGAGGAGCUGUGGGUGAGACGUGCAAGACUAUGACAAGAGACUAGGUAGGGUUCAAAUGCACUUCACUUCGCCGAGUUGGCAUUGUAAUUUCAGGGGUUUCAAAAUCACUCAUUUAUAUGGAGCAGUCUUUUGAUUCUGUUCACCAUAUUUGAAUAUUAAACUAAUAAACAUCACUUGAUAAUUUA